AUGAUUAUACGCUCGGAUAACGGUACUUCUUUUGUUAACGAAACUGUCAUGUACGUGUUGAACCAAUAUGGGAUCAAGUUCCACUCCUCGACUAUCUAUUACCCCAAGGGGAACGGGCAGGCCGAAGCAACCAACAAAACAUUGUUAAGGAUACUAAGACGGACAAUGCAUGAUCAUCCCAGGAGAUGGCAUGAACAACUACGCCUUUCACUUUGGGCAUAUCACAUCUCCAGGAGAAGUUCAACUGGUGCCUCCCCUUAUUCCCUGGUGUAUGGAGAAGACUCGAUACUGCCAGCAGAAAUUGCGAUACCGUCCGCACGCGUGGAUAUGGACAGCCUCACAACCCCGGAUGAGGUUAGUCGUUUCGCUCAUUUGGAUACCUUAGAAGAACGACGAGCCAAGGCUGAACGUUUCGCGGAUAAGUAUAGGCAACAGACGACGAAAUAUUAUAACCAAAAGGUGAAAGAACGAGUCUUCAGCGUGAAUGAUGUAGUGAUGAAAAUCUCACCGCAUGUCCAGCGUAAUGAAAAAGCAGGAAAAUUUGUUGCAAAUUGGCAAGUUCCCUAUAUGAUUAGUGAAGAUGCAGAAAGCGGAUAUUACUAUCUGAAGCGGAUGAAUGGCUUACGCAUCAGUACUCCUAUCAAUGAUAAAUGGCUUAAAACUUAUUAUGCUUAA